UGAGCUUCUCCCAUGACUGCUCAGCUGAACCCUUCCCAGACACACUCAGUCAUAAUCCUAUCAGGCAUUCAGUGGAGCUGGAGGAGGAAAAUAUCUUUGUUGUGGAAACAAAAAGGACGAUGCACAUCAUGGCUUUUGCAAGACCAGGAAGGGUGAUUCAAGACUGAUGCACAAAACCAGCUGAGCAUGGUGGCACAUACAUCAUAGGAAUCCAGUACUAAGUGUGUGGAAGUGUGGAAGGAGUGAUCGGGAGAGGGAAGCAGGGGAGGAAGAAGAGAGGAAGUAUUAGGGGAGAUUACCAUCAGAACAGAUGGGUGAGACAGAGGAUGAACGUACAGCACAGGCCAGCCAGCUCUUUGAGAACUUUGUUCAGGCAUCCACCUGUAAAGGGACCCUGCAGGCCUUUAGCAUCCUCUGCAGGCAGCUGGAUUUGGAUCCUCUGGACUAUGGCAACUUCUACAGCUUGCUGAAGGCCGCAGUCAGCACAUGGAAGGUCAAGGCUCUGUGGACCAAACUGGACAAAAGGGCACAGCACAAGGUCUACAACCAGAAUAAAGCCUGCCAGGGCACCAGGUGUCUGAUCAUCGGUGGGGGUCCUUGUGGAUUGCGAACAGCCAUCGAACUGGCCCUGCUGGGCUGCAAGGUUGUGGUGAUUGAGAAGAGAGACACCUUCUCCAGGAACAACGUGCUCCACCUCUGGCCCUUCACCAUUCACGACCUCAGGGGCCUCGGAGCCAAGAAGUUCUAUGGCAAAUUCUGUGCUGGCUCCAUUGACCACAUUAGUAUCCGUCAGCUCCAACUGAUGCUGCUGAAAGUGAGUCUGAUUCUGGGAGUGGAGAUCCAUGUCAACGUGGAGUUUGUCAAACUUGCAGAGCCACCAGCAGAGCAAACUGAUGACAGCCCUGGGUGGCGAGCAGUGGUCCAGCCUUCCAGCCAUCCUGUCUCAGACUUUGACUUUGAUGUGGUGAUUGGAGCAGAUGGACGCAAAAACACAUUAGACGGUUUCAGUCGCAAGGAGUUUCGUGGUAAGUUAGCCAUCGCUAUCACAGCUAACUUCAUCAACAGGAACACCACUGCAGAGGCCAAAGUGGAAGAAAUCAGUGGUGUGGCUUUCAUCUUUAACCAGAAGUUCUUUCUGGAACUCAAGGAGGAGACAGGAAUUGACUUGGAGAACAUAGUUUACUACAAAGACAACACCCACUACUUUGUCAUGACAGCAAAGAAACAGAGUCUGCUGGACAAAGGGGUCAUCAUCAAUGACUACAUAGAAACAGAGCGACUGCUCAGCCCUGAAAAUGUCAACCAGGAAGCAUUGCUCUCUUAUGCCCGUGAGGCAGCUGACUUCGGCACAAACUACCAGUUGCCAUCCCUGGACUAUGCCAUCAACCACUAUGGGCAGCCAGAUGUGGCCAUGUUUGACUUCACCAGCAUGUAUGCUUCAGAGAAUGCUGCUUUGAUCAGGGAGAAACAUGGACACCAGCUAGUAGUUGCACUGGUGGGAGACAGUCUACUUGAGCCCUUCUGGCCAAUGGGUACAGGUUGUGCUCGGGGUUUUCUGGCAGCCUUUGACACAGCCUGGAUGGUGAGGGGCUGGGCACAAGGAAGGAGCCCUCUGGAGAUACUGGCUGAGAGGGAGAGUCUUUACAGACUGCUGCCUCAGACCACCACAGAGAACAUCAGCAAAAACUUUGAACAAUAUGCCAUUGACCCUGCCACCCGCUACCCCAACCUCAACUCUAGCUGUGUGCGCCCACACCAGGUUCGUCACCUGUAUAUUGAUGGCCAACAGGACUCAUGUAACCUGGAGAGUGGUGGCCCCAAGCGUAGAUCAGUCAACCUGUCCAGAAGAGAGUCUGAGGUGCGUCCUGGCCGGCUGCUGACCUGGUGUCAGAAACAGACUCAAGGCUACAGAGGGGUCGACAUCACCAACCUCACAUCUUCCUGGAGAAAUGGCCUUGCCCUCUGUGCUCUCAUACACCGCCAGAGGCCUGAGCUCAUGUAA